AUGGUGUCAGCAAACAUAAGUGCUAGUGAGAUUGUUGCAAUUGAUGAAAUUGGAAUUAAAUUUGUAAGUAUUUGGUGCUAUUUAAUGCUUAUACUUGGUCUCAUUGGUCAUACAUUGAACAUGUGUGUCUUCACACGUUCAUCACUUCGAUCAAACCCAUGUUCAUGCUACUUUUUGGCAGCAACAGUAAGUGGCAUCUGUGUUGUUACCAUCAAUAUAUUCUUACGACUUCUUCAAACUGUAAUGAAUGAAUUUUUACAUUAUCAAUUAACUAAUUUCUUUUCUUUUGGUUUUCAUAGAGCACUGUAUGCAUGGUUUAUUGUUCUGACAUCUAUUGAUCGCUCAUCAUCUGCUUCAUUUCGUGCGUUAAGUAGUCUUCGCGUUGUUUAUCGUACUGUUCCUCUCACAGUUGUACUCGUUGGUCUCGCAUACAUUCAUGUACUCUUCUAUUAUCGAAUUAGCAUCCAACAACAAGCAUGUGUUCCAAUGACAGGUGUAUAUCAACAAUUUUUUGGUGUAUGGCAUCUUGUUGCAUUCAGUUUAGUUCCACCAAUGCUGAUGCUUUUCUUUGGAUUAAGUACAAUUCGAAGUAUUCGUCAAUCGAUUAGACGCGUUGGACAAAAUAAUAUUCAAAUUCAAAUUCCACGACAGCAACUUCGAAAAUCAAUAGACCGACAAAUGAUCCAAAUGAUGCUCGUUCAAUGUAUUGUAUUUAUUUUGACAGGAUCUCUUCCUUCAAUAAAUUAUCUUUAUACAUCACUCAGAUCGAAUGUCACAAUAGAUGCUCUACAAUCAGCUAAAGAUAACUUAUUGCAACGCUUUACUGGCUUUAUAUCUCUUACAGUUCCGUGUCUAAGUUUUUAUCUAUUCACAUUGUCAAGUAAAUUAUUUCGUAAGGAACUCAUUAAACUGUUUCGUGGUAAGUGGCAACCUAUCCAUGGAACUACUACUGUCAUCUCUCAAUCACGAAGACACUAA